AUGAAGAUUUCUAUCUCAAAAAUCUUGUUACAUCGUUUAUUCCUGUUAUUUUUAUUACUGGUAUCAAGACCGAAGCAUCAUUGCUUAGGUUUUGUUCCGGUCAAUAAUGAUAUUGAAUGUCUUCCAGUAGACAUUCAAUUAUAUACUUGGUCAGGACCCGGUUUUGAAUCUGGUGAAUGUUGGUAUCAAGGACAUCGUUUUGCAAAUGGUGCCACAUGGGGUCGAGUAGAUACACCGGGUUCUCCUCAUUGUGUUUGUGAGCAAGGUAAAAUCCGUAUAUUUUACAGUCAACAACAAUCUGUUGCGUCUGAUUCAUUGACUAUUCUACGAUCAAUUAAUGGUACAUUACCAACAGCCAAGGACUUAUCGAAGUGGCCUACUGGAAAUUUUCCUACUAUACGACAACGUAUGGUACUUUGUUCAAGAAAUCGAAUUGGUUUACGUAUAAGAUCGAGAGAUGGAUGUGUUGGAUGUAAAUGUUCUCAAAAUGGACAUUGGUUAUGUCGAAAAGCACUACCAUUAAGUAGAAAUCGAACAGUAAAUCCUCAAUUACAGCAAUCAUCAAGAAAUUAUCCUUCUUCAUAUACCGAAACAUAUCGUAUUAAUCUUCACGUGACGAGUUUACGUAUACAAUCUGAAUGUUCAUUAGGUAGUAUACCGAAAUUUUGUAUAUUAAUCGAACGUUUAUCAUCAGCAAAUAUUAGUAACAAAUUAAGUCGUUAUAUUGAAAUUCCUCGUGAAACAUCAUGGAUUGAUCGUAAUAUAUGUACACGAUGUUCAUGUACAUUAGAUGGUCAAUUAAAAUGUGAAUUCAUUCAUCAAGCAUGUUCUCGUCCUUGUUUUUUACAUAAAGCACGCCCGAUUUCAAUAAUGUAUUAUUUUCCAUCGGGUACAAAAUGGUUAACACCACAAAAUGAAAAAUGUCGUUCAUGUAUGUGCAUUAAUGGACAAAGAAAAUGUACUAAUUGUGAUCGAGUUGUUAAAAUCGAUGUUAGUGCUAAUAAUAAUAAUAAUAAUGACAAUAAAAAACAACCAGCAGCAGCUAUUGGUCAUUAUAGAUUAUUACCAACAGUACCUGAUAUUAUCAAAGCAAGACCAUGUUUACUUCGAACUGGUACUGGUUCUCAUCGUUUAAUAUUUCCAGGACAAUUAACAUGGUUUGAAAAACGGUGUUAUUUUUGUUCACAACGUGGUGAUCGAUUGAUAACAUGCUAA